AUGGCGAGCGGGGUCAUUUGGGCGGCGCUAAAGAUCCAAGCGAACGCGGGGCGUCGGGGAGUAGGCCACACGCUACAUGUUGUGUUGUGCCCCGUGUGUUGUCAGGGAGGCGAACUGAGGCAGGCUGGAGAGGAAGAGAACGCUCAAGGUGGUGUACAGAGGGCGGGUAUCAAAGGCUGCUACAUGGAAGAAGCUUCUGUCGCCCUGUCACCGUCCAAGAAGAGUAACAAGAGCACCGAUGGGAGACAAGAUAAUACGAGCGACACCGCCAAUGGAAAAGGGCACGUAUUGGGACGAAUUUCAGGCUGCCGCGGAAUUGAUCGCAGUGACAUUAGCGGCCGGAGCCGUCGUGGACUCAUAAUUUCUGGGGCAUGCUUAGCAGCCGGAAUCGUUCUGGAGCUGAUUGCGACCCUCUGGGCGUUCCGGCAAGCCGUCGAAGCGGGGGGUCUGGAUGGUCAGGCCAAUUGCGAUGAGGAUGGAAUUUUGUUUAUGCAACAGCUUAGCGUUGUCACGCAGGAGGUGUGCAGCCAACGGAUCGAUUCGGAUAUGUUCCUGAGUGAAACAGGUUUAGGCGGUGACUACGACCCUUGCGAAUCCACAAAUUCCGGGGACACUUCGUCAUUUCUGGAGGUGUGUAGCUGCUCCACCGAUAUUGUUUUUGAUGCGCCUGCCUGUUCUUGGGUGGCUCUCCAAAAUUCGAGCGGCGUUGUUUCGAACUACGCUGGCUGCCUAGCGCGAGCAGUCGAAGUCGAGUUUCCGUAUUCCUUCAUACCAACGAUCGGUCGUUCCGAGUGUUGGCCGGCAAACCCUACCGGCACAGCCGAGCUUACCGUGACUGCUCUGGUGGUAGCUCUGGGCAGCCAGCUAAUAGAGUUGGUGGUGGGCUUCCGGUACCUGAAGGACCCGUCCCGCGGCACCCUUCUCCUCGCGGCGGCGUCAGCCGCCGCCGCUUGUGGGGUAGUGACAGUGGCAUCGGUGCUGCUCUCCCUCCCCGGCUUCUACGCCUACAGGAAAGGCUACCCCACCGAGGUGGCGACGUUUUGGCUUGUGUGGGCAGCAGCCGGCGGCGCGGCCGUGGGUGCCCUGGCAGAAUUGUUAGCUACGGAGUAUUUCCUGACGAAAGGUCGGCUGCCGUACCUCGGUGCGUUCGGCAAUGGGCUCGUCUGGCUGGGCUCAGCAGCAAUGGAGGUAAUCGUCGCGUCGUUCCUUGUCUGGGAAGGAGAGCGGGUCACGACCUGGGAACUUCUGAGGGACGGAGUUAUCGGUCUGGUCACCGUCGAGUUAGCCGGUUUGCUGGCGAUGUGGGCCGCACGCUUCUUGUGGACCAGGGCCAAGCUGUUGUUGGCGGCCAAGGGGCGAACGGGGGCGGAUGAUAUUGGCUGA